GCACCAGAUGCUCCGGUGCGCUGCCUUUCUCUGACGGGACCAGUCCCCCGGGACUUCUCCGUUUCCGCGAAACACAUUCCACCAAACAUAUAAGGCGCUCGCAACAGACUCAGACUACGCAGGGAUCCCCGCUUCCGCCCCUCGUCCUCGAAGGACCUUCGACCCUUGAAGCUUAAACGCCGGUCUGGUCUUCGUCUUCUGACCGCUGUACGCGAUGGAUCACGGUAGUCAUUCUCCCGCUUUCGGUGCAAGGUCCGCCGCCACGAGCACGAGUGGGUCCUCCUCCGGCGGCAGUAGUAGUCUGUUGAAGGCGGUCUCACCCGACAAGGCUCUGAGGCUCGCCAGAGCCAAGGGGUAUCCGAGGGAGGUCUGGUACUUUGUUGCUUGCUUCAUUUUCUUGGUGGCGAUCUUCCAGUUCGGCUCUUGGGCUGUGAACAAGCUCUCGAAGAGGAGGGCCCGCACCGACACGGAGGCUGGUACUGACACCUCGAACGGUCGUUUCACCGUGCGGAACAUUCCCCGUGCCCUUGUCAACGCGUACAGGGUCAUCCUUUUCCGAUGGACGCUCGAGAUUGGCAGCUCGUACACGCUCAACAUGGCAGAGGUGUUCGUGUCGUGCGCCUACUUCAUUGCACUCUUCAUCUGGGAGUUCAUCAAUACUACGGACCUCGAAGGCGAGAAAUAUGACAUUGCCUACUGGGGAAACAGGGCAGGCGCUAUCGCCGCUGCCCAGCUUCCUCUGGUCACUGCCCUGGGAACGAAAAACAAUGUGGUGUCUCUCAUAACGGGCAUUGGCUAUGACAAGCUGAACUAUGUUCAUCGCAUGACGGCCCGUGUCGUCUGCGCCUUGCUAUGGGUGCACUCGGGCAACAAGCUUUACGAUCUGAACUGGGCUCGCCAGCCGUCCUACUUCAUUCCCGCGGGCUUGGCGGCAGUGAUUUCUCUGACCGUCCUAUGCAUCCUGUCCAUUCGACCCAUAAGGAGUAAUGCCUACGAGUUCUUCUUCAUCACCCACUUCCUCAUGAUCGGCGUAUUCCUCAUUGGCGGUUACUUCCACGCAGACGUGGAGCAGUUGGGGGCAUACGUCUGGCCGUCCUUCCUCGUCUGGGCCCUCGACCGUUUUAUCAGGGUCCUGCGCGUCAUCUGGGCCAACCACCUCUACUUCUCGUGGUCAGGCAAGCGGGCGCACCUCGACGCCACCGUCGAGCUCCUCUCUCCCCACUUCCUCCGUGUGCGCAUCGCACGACCGGCGCACUUCCAUUGGAGCCCCGCGCAGACGGCGUAUCUGGUCAUGCCCACGGUUUCGUUGCUGCCGACCGAGUCCCACCCGUUUACGAUUUCCAGCAUCGAGGGCCACGAUACUGCGCACGUGCUGGGCGAGCACGCACCGUACUGGAACGAACUCGUGUUCUUGAUCAACGUUCGCGAUGGCUUCACGAAGCGCCUCGCGAAGGUGGCUGAGUCGGGCAAGAAGGUGAAGGUGCUCGUCGAAGGCCCGUAUGGCUUCACUCCGGAUCUGACGAGCGACGAUACCGCCGUACUUGUCUCUGGUGGCUCGGGCGUGACAUUUACGCUGCCCACUCUCUUGGGUAUUGUGAACGAUGUUCGUGCCGGCAAGAGUAGAUGCACCAAGAUUGUCUUCAUCUGGGCUAUCCGCGAUCAGAGCCACGUCGAGUGGAUCUCCAAGGCACUGAAGCAGGCGCUGGAGCUCGCUCCGCCGACCCUUAAGAUCUCCAUCCAGAUCUAUGUCACAGCCGGCGAGCCUCCCGUGACGAGCGAGAAGGCAUACGACGACGACUCGGUUCACGAAGGCUCCGGCAGUAGCCAGGAAAAGGACACGCCUACGCCGUCUCUGUCCGAAUUCACCGCGGUCUCGUUGCACACUGGUCGCCCGGAUCUGCGCAGCAUCCUCCGCGACGAGGUCUCGGUUACCACGGGUCGUAUGUCCGUAACCGUCUGCGGUUCUCAGGCCAUUGCCCGCGCUUGUCGCGCUGCGCUGCGGUUCCCCGUCUCCGGCCCCUCCGAGACACUGAAGGGCGGAGCAGAUGUGAUCCUUCACGUCGAAUCGUUCGGCUACGCUUGAGGAUGGGUGAAAGCUUACCGGAAGAUGAACACGAAUCACGAUUAGAGGGACUGGCUAUAGCAUGUAUGCUAGCC